CUGUGCCCUGAGAGCAUCACUGUACAACGCCAUCCUCUUCCGGAGACCCUGAGACACACCACCUCACAAUGGACUGGAGCUGGAGAAUCCUCUACCUGGGGGCAGUAGCUACAGGUGUUCAUUCCCAGGUUUUGCUGGUGCAGUCUGGGGCUGAAGUGAGGAAGCCUGGGGCAUCAGUGAAGAUCUUCUGCAAAGCAUCUGGAUACAGCUUCACUGAUUACUAUAUGCACUGGUUGCGACAGGCUCCUGCAGAAGGGUUUGAGUGGAUGGGAAGCAUUGACCCUGAAGAUGGUUCUACAAGCUAUGCACAGAAGUUCCAGGGAAGACUCACCCUGACAGCAGACACAUCCACAAACACAGCCUACAUGGAGCUGAGCAGUCUGAGGUCUGCAGACACAGCCGUGUAUUACUGUGCAAGGAGUGGUUCCAGUAAUUGCUCUUCUAGGUGGGCCGGAAUUCAAACCACGGCUGCCCUUCCCAACUCCACUGUGCCGACACCCCAUGGGCAGCUUGUCCAGACACCUGCACAAGAACCCAGGUUGGCCCACAGCAGGGACCCUCAUCUGCACAACUGGAAAGAAGUAGCAAGCAUUGGUCUCCAUAAUGAGGAAAAGCAGUCGUCCAUAGAAAGUGACCCGACAGUACCAGAGGACAAGGAAUUGCCACCCCAGCUGAACUGUUGUGCAGGGUCACACAAUGCCACACCCUGGGACUGUUACCUAACUCCACAAGUGGAUCCCAGGUGCAGGGUGCUGGCCACCCGGUACAGCCCUCUGUUCUGUCAGAUGGCCUAG